AUGGAGGGUACUGAUAUCAAAGCUGCAAUUAAAGAUAUUUGUGAAACAUUUGUUGCAUAUUUGGAAUCAAAUCUAAUAAAAGACCAAAAUAAGAAGACGAAAAAUACUCUUUCUGGCAAUUCUAAUUUAUUUGAAUGGACUUGGCCGGGAGAAGGAUCAAUGGCAGAUAUUUCUGAAAAUCAAGAUCAAAAUGUUAUAUGGAAUUUCUUUCAUGAGUUUUCCUUGGAGUCAGGAUGGGCAUUAAAAAGUAAGCAAAAAUAUGGUAAAAAAGGAGGAAACGUUAAUAAAAGUAAAAGAUUUACCGCUGCCACCAUGCUAGAAAAUCCCAGAAGAAAAGUCGAAGAAGAAGAGUUGGAUAAAAAAGAAAUUCCAAAACUGCAAACUAUUUAA